AAAAAGGAGGUGUGAUACCAGGGAGGCCAAAGAAAAAAAAGGAGAAAAGCUUCUGAUGAACCAAAGAAGAAGUUUGCGAAGGGUACAAGGAUAGGGAGACAAAUGAGAUGUCUUUUGUGCAAGACUCUUGGACAUAACAAGAAAGGAUGUCCAUUAGCAAGAAACCAAGGGGGAAGGGCUGGAACUAGUUUAGUUGGAGGUGAAAUUACUGAAAAUGUUUCAUCAACAACAGCAUGUGGAAGGGCUGGAACUAGUGAAAGUGCAUCAGCAGUAGCAACUUCAACUAUGGAAAGUGGCACCUUCACUCAACCAAUCACUAAUCUAAGCACACAACAAUCAACUAAUGUUGCUGGAGGUCCAAAAAGGAAGACCAAUGAGCCUAGAAGAGGUGGUGCAAAUGCAAGGUCUAAGAGACCAAAGGCAGCAUGAUAUGGUGUGCUAUUUGAUUCAAGUGACACUGUGAUAUAGAGGUCUGGAACUAUUGACAGAGUAGUACACAAUCCUUCUACACUCAUAAGUUUUGCCCCUACCAACAUUGAACUUAGGUUCAAACCCCCUCAACUAAAGUGGAAGGGUCGAGCUGCAGUUACACAAAGGCAGCUGCAAGAACAGAGUUACAGAAGGGCAAACUCUGCUACAACCACUCAAGCCACACCAAAAACACAAUCCACACCAAGCAACCAAGCCACAAAACACAUUAAUUGAAGUGAUCAACUGAUAUUUUGAAGACUUAAUGAUGGAUGUU